CUUAAGACUUCGUUAUAUCCGGAACCCCCUCCCUACUACUGUUUUUCAGGUGCUCUUUGCCCCAUGAAGAGUGGGCAGGACUGAGGCUCGCUCUUCAAAGUCCUCUCACCCAAUGACACCUCCAGUCGCCAAAUUCCUAAGGUUCAGACUCCAGAGUGUGAGAUUGCAAUUGAGUUUCAUCAGGUUGUGGAGUAAUGGACACUUGCUACUAAUCUUAGGACUGUUCUUUCAAAAAUGUGUACCAUGGUAUUUUGUUUUGUGCUGUCUGCACGUGCUUAGCCUACAUGUAAGUCUCAUGUUCAACGGACUUCAUGACCCUUUACCUGGAUUCCAUACAUGUGUAAAAAUAACCGAGUGACGUCAUGGUUAGUCCUUUCUACACUGUGCUCAUGUUGGCCCUCGAGGCAAACAUUGUCUACUCAUCUGGACCUUACACGUUCCCCCAACUGUUUCAUAAUCUAGCAUUUCCCAUCAAAGAUGGACUUUUUUUCUUCCAUUGAACCUUAAUAACAAGGAUAAUUGUCCAUCUUUCUUAUUACAGAAACCUGAAACUGUUUAAGACGUACUUGUCCACUUGACCAAACUAGACCCUCAAUUGAGGAAUUGCGUCCUUCACAUUGGCCUACAAGACACUGAUGAUUGAUGUGGGAGGGAGGGCCCAGGCCACUGGGGUCAAAUCCCCCCCCCCAGGCAGAUUGUCCUGGGUUUUAUAAGAAACCUGGCUGGGGGGUGGAGCAUUAGCUCAGUGAUUAAGAGCACCAGCUGUUCUUCCAAAGGAUCUGGGUUCGAUUCCCACACCCAUAUGGUAACUCCAGAGGAUCUGAGACAUACACAAGCAGACAAAACAUCCAUACACAUAAAACAAAAUAAAAUUUUAAAAAAGAAAGAAAGGAAAUUGGCUGAAUAUGAGCAGAAGGAAAGCAAGGCAGAGUUCCUCAGAGAUUCCUGCUGGGGGGGGGGGGGGCCCUGACUUGCGGCAAGACGAACUAUAAUCCGGAAGUAAACACCGAAUAAACAUUUUCCUCCUCUAGUUGAUUUUGCUCAGAGAUUUAUCACGGUUAUAGGUUAUAGAAAAAGAGCCCAGGAAAACUGCUCAAGCACUUUCCUGGGCAACGUUCUUUACCUAGUUUCAAACGAUCUCACACUGUGCUGGUCAGGAGUCACGGAACUCUGUCUAACCUGCCUGGCAAUUUGGAAAAUGCCAGGAGUGACUUACCCAGGUGUUCUGUGGUUGGCUGGUUCUCAGCAGAAUGUAAGAGCCCCUGGAGUGGGGGUCAGGGAGAGGGGCAUAUGAAGCUUUAAAGACUUAAGAGGGUUUGUUUUUGGUGUUUUGGUUUAUUUUGCAAUGAGUAACUAGGAAAUCCGGUGAGCUGCCAACCAACAACUCUGAAACAGUUUCUCAAAGCUCAGUUCACGAAGGAGAUUUGACAGUAGUUGAAGAUACCCCAACUAAGCCCACUGCUUCUGUGAAUGGGUUCUAAAGAUUUGUUGCCAGGAGACCACUAUAAGCAGCUAAGCAGCUUUGGAACCUAAGGAACCAAGGAAGGUUUACGACACAGAACCUCGCUUCUCUUUAAGACUGUGGGACACUAUGCCACUUGGGAGGAGAGACCCCGGACCCACGGAUCAGACGAAACCACUCGUACGGAUGCAAACAGCAAGAGGUUUUAUUCGAAUACACAGGCCCUGCUUGUGAACCAGCUGUGUGGACAGGAGAAUCUGAAGCAAAACAUGACCAAGCCCAGAAAGAAAAUGGCUCCCUCCACUCGGUGCCUUGAGCCGCAGCUCCCUCGGCUGGGAUGGGGCAUGACCUUCCUCUACCGGAAACCCACAGACCAGUUGGCGUGUACCUCCAUCUCCAGAGUGCCGCCUGUCUUACGCUUGAGCCCACGGCACUGCGAGCAUAUCAAGGACCAGUAUGUGAAAAAGGCAGCUGCCGACCUUUCCUUCUCUCAGGACGUUUGUUGGCAGCGGGGACUGCCCAGCAUGCCUUUCAAUCAGUACAGUUUUGAGCACGUCUACAACACGGAUGACAUCAUUCCACCUCUACAGGCCAAGAAGACCCACACUGAGAAACCUGCCUACACCAGGGCUCCGCAUGCCUUGGAGCUCUUGGCAGGAGACAUCACCCAUUUUGGGAAGACACAAAGCCCUGUGGGUUCUAAAAAGAUACCGAAAAAACCAAAGCCCAAAGGCCUGGACCAGAAAGCAUCUCCCCCACGCAGUCGCUAUUCCCGCUCGAAGCCAGAUAUGCUGGACCUGUCACCCUCUCCAGAUGAGAGUCUGGAGGAAAGGGAAACCUGGCUUCCACCUGGGGAGAAGGAAGCCAGAGCCUGGGAAGCCAUCGUGCUGGAGAAGCUGGACAAGCGCACAGCGCGAUGGAUCCAGAACAAGCGUCCACCGAGGCCUGGGCAGUCGCCCAACAAAUGGCAGAGCUUUUUGCGCCAGCAAUACGACUGGAGCCAUAUUCGGGAUGAGCUCACUUCAGCGAGUGACCUGGAGCUCCUCAAAAAGCUGGAGGCAGAAGAAACAGCGGAAUUUGAGGGUGAAAGUGUGACCCUUCCCCCCAAGGAAAUAAAGGAACCUGAGCUUCUGCUUCCUGUCUUCUACAGAUUACCUGGUUACUCCCCACAAGUACAGACAGUUGAAAUCCUGCCCGGCAACAACAUGACAGCCGAGGGUAUCAAAGAAGAGAGAAGCAACUUCCAGCCUCCAAUUCAGAACCGCUUCCGGCAGGUGAACCCCAAAGCUGGAGAGUUUGCUUACUCUACAGACAACACUUUUGAGCAAGAGAUUUACUUUGACGGAGUUAAGAUUGUUCACCAGAUUGGUGGAAGGAAUGACCAAAUUGUCUUGGAAAACCUCAAUCGGUAUGACAAGCACCUAACUAAGAUCUUUCCGGAAACCCCCGAAAAGUGGAGCUUCCAACCUGUCCCUGAAACACCUUAUAAACUCAGGAAAGGAGCCCAGCGUUGGAUUGCUUUGCCCACCCGGGUCAAGGGCCUUCUGCUGAAGGUGGGUGAGAAGGACACGCCUGUCAAAACUAGGAGAGUAAAGAAGCAGGUCGAACCCCUCAAGGAGGAUGUGACUUGGGAGCUGGCAGCACUGCGGAGGAUGCUGCAGGAGUGGAAGACUGCCUGGGCACUCAUUAUUGAAUGGCAUCAUGAGACAGUGGAAAACCUAUUGCGGGGCAUAGUAAACAUGUAUGAUGACUUGAGGAUCCAGGCCAUCGUCACAUGUGCUACUGCUGCUUUGGAAAGGCCCCGGAUUGCCCCUGACGAGCAGGACUCAGAACCAAUCGUUCCAGAUUUGCCAGAGGUCCUCCUGCCUGCUCUAGAGGCCGCUCUGUCUGACAAGAAUCCCAAUGUGAGGAUGGCAGCAGCAAUAUGCCAAUAUGCCAUACAGUCACAUAAUCCCACUGCCCGGGACAUCAUGCAGACUGCCCUUGUGAAGGGUAAUAGUGUGGACAGCUGGGCUGCAGCUCAGUGCUUGGCUCUGGAAGGCAUUGCUACGUACCCAGUGAUUAAAAGGAUCCUCUACCAACUCUUUAAUAAGAAGAAUGAAGCUACUGAGGAACAGUCCUAUAUUCUCCUGAGCCAUCUCAGUGGAAAGACGACCCUGAUCCACACAAUGCUCGCUGUGGAGCUGAACAGCAGGCAAUGGAAGGACCGCAUCAUGGCCUGCCGCGCUUUCUCCCGGAUCAGUGGAAAUAUCUGCAUAGAUAUGAAACAUAAGCUUAUCCAGCUGAUGUGGAACGACUGGAACAAGGAAGUAAGGCAAGCGGCUGCCAAAGCACUGGGGCAAAUGAACCUUGGGAAAGAGGUGCAUGACAUGAUCAGGAUUAAGCUGAGUCAAGGAAAUUCCCAGGAACGGAUUGAGGCCCUCUCCCUGAUCCGUGUGCUCAAGCUCAUGACAGCCAAGCUUCUCCCAAGCUUCCUGAGCUGCUUCUCUGAUGAGUUCAUAGCAAUUCGGCAGGCAGCUUGUUUGGCGGCAGGUGCCCUGCAGAUCUGUGACAAGAUGGUGCUUGCAUGCCUCCUGAAUCUGAUGCACAGAGACCCCUACUGGAAAAUCAAGGCUUUCGCCAUUCGAGCUCUGGGACAGAUUGGGCAAGUGAGUCCCCAGCUGACAGAUCUUCUGCUCUGGGCUAUCCACUAUGAAGAAUCACCAGGUGUACGACUGGAAGCGUGCCGCAGCAUCCUAGCCCUCAAGCUUCAAGGAAACCAGGUCAGGGACACCUUUCAGGACGUGCUACUCCUGGAGGACCACGAGGCGGUUCUAAAGGAAAUUUACCAGGCAAUGAUGGCACUCAACUUUGAAAUGGAAGGAAAUCAAGAUAUGCUUCAGGAGAUCAAGAACAAGAUUGAAACACUAAAUCAAAAGGACUUGCUGACGGAGAAAAUAUUCAAGAUGGAAAUGGCCAUAAAAAAUGUGAAGGAAAAAGCAAGACGUAUUUACUCAGAACCCAAGGAGGGCCAAAAACCACUGGAAUUCCAAACUUUUCUUCUAGAUGUUUUUCAGAAUGAAGAGGUUCCUCCUAGGAAAGGGUCUGAGAUUUGCGACAUUGAAGCAGCCAUAAAGAAUGUGCUGCCCCGUGUGCCGAGUCCCUGGCUAAAGAGUCCUGCUGUACAACUCCCCACACACAAAAGUCGCUCGCCAUUUUUCAGAGAUCUGCGGACUGCCCGAGAAAAAAGAAUCGAAGAAGGGCCCUUCGGAGCUGACCCAGAUCUUUCUAGCUGGGCAAAUUACUGAGAAGAUUGUCUUUCAGCACCAGUGGGGGGGGGGGGGGCUAAAACUGAUCCUAUCUGGGCUGAAUGCUUCUCUUGCUCUUAGAGUGUGGGCAGGCCACACUCUGUCUCUUCCAUUGGUACAAUGUCCUCACUGUGUUCGCAAAGUUAAACUAUUUAUCAAUCAGCUUUACUAUUAUUGUUAUUAUUAUCGUCAUCAUCUUAGAUAAGGUCUCUCUACUUAGCCCUGGAUGUCCUGGAACUCACUAUGUAGACCAGGCUGGCUUCAAACUCACGGAGAUCCACCUACCUCUGCCUCCCAAGUGCUGGGAUUAAAGGCGUGAGUCACCAUACCCAAUUUAUUAUUUUUGAGACCCGGUCUUGCUAUGUGGUCCAACCUGGACUGGAAUUUACUAUAUAGGUCAGCCCGAAUGUGAACUUGCAAUCCUCAUGCCUCAGCCUCCAGAAUAUGGCACUACAGAAAUGUGCUACCAUGUUCGAUUACUCUAGUUCCUUUUUCAGUGGGGGAGAGGGGAAGUUACUAGAGAUUGAAUAUGGGCCCUCAUAUGUUAGAAGGCAGUUCUCUACCACUAAGCUAACCUAGCCCUGCUUUUACUCUAUGUGUGAUGGUGUGUAAAAGGGGAUUUUAACUGUUGGGGACUAUUAUUUUAAGGUGUAUGACUUUUGUUUAUGCUGCAUUUGUUUAACCCUGUAAAGCCUGUGUUACUGUGCCUGU